AUGUCUGACGACGAGUUUACCACCGACAUUAUUACCUUGACCCGUCACGUACUUGAUGAACAACGCAAGCACAAGGAAGCUAGUGGCGACUUGUCAAUAUUGUUAAAUGCCAUUCAACUUGGUUGCAAAUUUGUGGCAACCAACGUUAGAAAGGCUCGUCUCUUAAAUUUGAUUGGUCUCGCUGGUGGUUCUCAAAAUUUUUCAGGUGAAGAACAAAAAAAACUUGAUGUUAUCUCCAACGAUAUUUUUAUCAAUGCGCUCCGUUCAUCUGGAAAAGUAUCUGUGAUGGUCUCUGAAGAGAAUGACCAAGCAAUAUUUGUAGAAGAAGGCCUUAGAGGAAAAUAUUGUGUUGUAUUUGAUCCAUUGGAUGGUUCUUCUAAUAUUGAUGCUGGUGUUAAUGUGGGCACGAUUUUUGGUAUUUAUCGAGUGCUUAAAGAUUCCACUGGUUCUGUCUCAGACGUUCUUCGACCUGGCCGUGAAAUGGUCGUUGCAGGUUAUUGUAUGUAUGGUAGUUCUGCAAAUAUGGUUAUUUCACUUGGAAGUAACGUAAAUGGUUAUACUCUUGAUAAUUCCAUUGGAGAAUUUAUCCUUACUCAUCCUAAUAUUAAAAUUCCACCUCGCGGUAAAAUAUAUUCUGUUAAUGAAGGUAAUGCCAAAUAUUGGGAUGAAGCUUGUACCGAAUAUUUUCAUUCCAUUAAAUUUCCCCCAGAAGGAAAAAGCCCAUAUUCAGCUCGCUACAUCGGAUCUAUGGUAGCAGAUGUUCACCGUACACUUUUAUACGGUGGAAUUUUUUCAUAUCCUUCUGAUAAAAAAUCAAAAAAUGGUAAACUUCGUAUGUUGUACGAAUGUUUUCCAAUGGCAUUUUUGGUUGAACAAGCUGGUGGUAGAGCUACCACGGGUACUAAAAGUGUACUUGAUAUUAUUCCCGAGUCAAUUCAUUCAAGAUGUCCAAUCUUUUUAGGUAGUAAGGAUGAUGUGGAGGAUGUAGAAAAAAUCUUCCAUAAAUAUAAUAAAUGA